GACAUAAUUGGUAGAAUAAUUACAUAUUUUGUUUAGGGUUUUUACUUAAAAAUAUCGCCAACUCGAACCAGUCCAAUUAAAAACAAAUCGUAGGAUUUAAUUUUUUUUGUAUGGAUUUGAAUUUAAUAUUUCCCAAACCAUAGUACAUGAAUCGGGCGAUUAAAAUAACCAAAUCCAUACCACAUACCUCUAAUUAUAACUACGUCUACGUGUCUAUGUCUACCAAACAAUAUUUGUAAUUGAGUUGCGUGUCCUAAACACUCUGGGCUUGCAUUUGGAAAAAAGAAAAAGCCCUUGACGUUGAGCCGGUUGAGGCAUCCCCAGCCCCCAGCCCCCAGCCCCAAAGACCCAACCCGUCUAUGCCUCAUUUUCCCGUCUCCACUCCCACAACCCUUGGUUCCUUCUCUAUCACUCUCUUCCUCUACAAAAAGCCGAGAAUGAACCCACCGACCUGAACCUCCUCAUUUCUCCGGUCACGUUCCCUCCCAAACCCUAAAAGCAAUCGCCCCAAAAUCUGUAAGCCUUCUUCUUUCUCACUCCUUCUCGACCGAUCCGAUUGCUUCCUCGCUCUUCUCGGUAUGUUCGUUUCCUCCCUUUUUCUGCAUAAUAUUCGAUGCCUCUCUGUCAUCGGAGCUCUUUUUAUUUCCUUAAGUAAGGUAUCCCGAGCAAUCUCUUAGCUGCUCUGUUUGAUAGGCGAGAAAGCUCGGAGGAAAAUUUUCUAAGAAAAUCAACCGCUUCGUACUAUUUUGUUUGUUUCCAGCUGCCUUCUCGCGUUCCAGUUCUAUAUUCUUCUUCUUCUUCUUCUGCUUCUUCUAGGGUUUCUUCUAUCGGUGCAUUAAUUGUUUUGAUGGUUAGCUGCGUGUUUUUAGCUUCAUUUUUCCUACUGGUGAGAUAAUUCUGUCGUUGAUUGGAUGGAAAUUAAUUAUGUGAAUAGUCCACCUUUCUUUAUGCUUCCUCGGAAGAGAGCUGGUGGAGGAGAGGUUGCAGUAGAAGGAGAAGGAAGACCUAUCUAUAACGAAUCGCUCAUCAAGAAGCACUGCAUCGAAACAACUGCUGCAGCCACGGGAUCUCCAGCAACCGCCACCACCGCGGCCAACGUCAACACCAACAGCAGUAACUCAGGCAACGCCAGCAGUCACAGCAACACCAGCUCGUCGAUCAUGACUCUAGGAAACGGAAAUCAGCAAGAUAUCGAUGAGGAUCUGCACAGCCGUCAGCUUGCCGUCUACGGCCGCGAGACUAUGCGAAGGCUGUUUGCUUCCAAUGUCCUCAUCUCCGGGAUGAAUGGACUUGGCGCUGAGAUUGCGAAGAACCUGGCUCUUGCUGGAGUCAAGUCUGUGACCUUACAUGAUGAAGGAGUGGUUGAGUUGUGGGACUUGUCUAGCAAUUUCGUCUUUGCAGAACAAGAUGUUGGAAAGAACAGGGCUCUUGCUUGUAUUCAGAAGCUACAAGAACUAAACAACUCCGUUUUGAUUUCCACUUUAACUGGCCCACUCAAGAAGGAACAACUAUCUGAUUUUCAGGCUGUUGUAUUCACUGAUCUCAGCGUAGACAAGGCAACUGAAUUUGAUGACUACUGCCACACUCAUCAACCUCCCAUUGCUUUUAUCAAGUCUGAAGUCCGGGGCCUCUUUGGUAGUGUGUUCUGUGACUUCGGCCCUGAAUUCACUGUUUUUGAUGUUGAUGGCGAGGAUCCUCAUACGGGCAUUAUUGCUUCUAUCAGCAAUGAUAACCCUGCCCUUAUAGCUUGUGUUGAUGAUGAGAGGGUGGAGCUUCAAGAUGGUGAUUUAGUUGUUUUCUCGGAGGUCGAUGGCAUGAGUGAACUCAAUGAUGGAAAGCCAAGGAAGGUUAAGAAUGCCAGACCGUAUUCAUUUAACAUUGAGGAGGACACAACGAAUUAUUCUACCUAUAUCAAAGGUGGCAUUGUCACUCAAGUGAAGCAACCAAAGGUUUUGAGCUUUAAGACUUUGCGAGAUGCAAUCAAGCAACCUGGGGAUUUCCUUUUGAGCGACUUCUCCAAGUUUGAUCGUCCGCCUCUCUUGCACUUGGCAUUCCUGGCACUGGAUAAGUUUGUUGUUGAGUUGGGCCGUUAUCCAGUUGCUGGGUCAGAGGAUGAUGCCCAGAGAUUCAUAUCAUUGGUUAAUAGUAUCAAUGAUAAUGCUGGUGAUGAGAAGCUUGAAGCAAUCGACAAAAACGUUCUUCGCCAUUUUGCUUUUGGUGCAAGAGCUGUACUGAAUCCUAUGGCUGCCAUGUUUGGUGGUAUAGUUGGACAGGAAGUUGUUAAGGCUUGCUCUGGGAAAUUCCACCCACUAUUCCAGUUUUUUUACUUCGACUCGGUUGAGUCUCUUCCAACUGAGCCCUUGGAUCCCAAUGACUUGAAGCCCUUAAACAGUCGUUAUGAUGCUCAAAUUUCAGUUUUUGGGGCAAAGCUUCAGAAGAAGCUCCAAGAUGCGAAAGUGUUUAUUGUGGGCUCUGGUGCCCUUGGUUGUGAGUUUUUGAAGAACUUAGCUUUGAUGGGGGUCUCAUGUGGGAAGCAAGGGAAGCUCACAGUUACGGAUGAUGAUGUUAUUGAAAAGAGUAACCUUAGCAGGCAAUUCCUGUUCCGAGAUUGGAACAUUGGACAAGCCAAAUCAACUGUUGCUGCGUCUGCUGCAUCUCUGAUAAACCCUAAUUUCAAUAUUGAAGCUCUGCAGAACCGUGCAAGUCCUGAAACUGAAUCUGUGUUUGAUGAUACAUUCUGGGAGAACCUGACUGUGGUGAUCAAUGCCCUUGACAAUGUGAAUGCUAGGCUUUACAUUGAUGGUAGAUGCUUGUACUUCCAGAAGCCACUUCUUGAGUCUGGAACCCUAGGUGCGAAGUGCAACACUCAAAUGGUCAUCCCACAUCUGACAGAAAAUUAUGGUGCCUCACGUGACCCGCCUGAAAAGCAAGCCCCAAUGUGCACUGUUCACUCAUUCCCUCACAACAUAGACCACUGCUUGACAUGGGCUCGUUCUGAAUUUGAGGGUUUGCUUGAGAAGACUCCUGCAGAGGUAAAUGCCUUCCUGUCAGCUCCCAAAGAGUAUGCCUCUGCAAUGAAAAAUGCUGGUGAUGCCCAGGCAAAGGACAACUUGGAACGUGUUCUUGAAUGCCUUGAGAAGGAGCGAUGCGUAGAGUUCCAGGACUGCAUCACUUGGGCCCGUCUGAAAUUUGAGGACUACUUUGUCAACCGUGUGAAACAGCUGACGUUUACUUUUCCUGAAGAUGCAUUAACAAGCAGUGGAACCCCGUUCUGGUCUGCUCCCAAGCGUUUCCCUCGCCCUCUUCAGUUCUCGACUGAUGAUAUGAGCCACCUACAUUUUGUCAUGGCUGCAGCCAUCUUACGUGCAGAGAUCUUUGGGAUUCCACUGCCUGAUUGGCUCAAGGCUCCGGCCAAGAUAGCUGAUGCUAUUAACAGAGUCAUAGUCCCAGAUUUUGAGCCGAAGAAGGGUGUGAAGAUUGAAACAGACGAGAAAGCAACAAAUGUUCCUACCUCAUCAAUCGAUGAUGCAAAAGCUAUCGAUGAGCUGGUUUUGAAGUUGGAAACAUGCAGGGAGCGGCUAGAGCCUGGAUUCAAGAUGGCUCCCAUUCAAUUUGAAAAGGAUGAUGACACAAAUUAUCACAUGGACCUGAUAGCUGGACUGGCCAACAUGAGGGCAAGGAACUAUGGCAUUCCAGAAGUGGACAAACUCAAGGCCAAGUUCAUUGCCGGCAGAAUCAUACCAGCAAUUGCAACAUCCACCGCCAUGGCAACCGGUCUCGUCUGCCUGGAGCUUUACAAAGUUCUGGAUGCACAGCACAAGCUGGAGGACUACAGAAACAGCUUCGCCAAUCUAGCCCUCCCUCUCUUCUCCAUUGCGGAGCCGGUACCACCGAAGGUGAUCAAGCAUCAGGAGAUGAGCUGGACUGUGUGGGACAGAUGGAUUGUGAAGAACAAUCCAACUCUCAAGGAGCUUCUCCAGUGGCUGCAGGAGAAGGGGUUGAACGCUUACAGUAUCUCUUACGGAAGCUGCCUGCUGUACAACAGCAUGUUCCCGAGGCACAGAGACCGAAUGGAUAAGAAAAUGGUUGAUCUCGCUCGGGAAGUUGCGCGUGCUGAGCUGCCUCCUUACCGACGCCACUUUGACGUCGUGGUUGCUUGUGAAGAUGAUGAGGAGAACGACAUUGACAUCCCGCAGAUCUCUAUUUACUUUUAGGUAGAUCCCUUUUAGAAACCAACCGGGAAAAGAAUACUACUAGAAGAUCCCCCUAGUGGAGACUGGGGAGGCGAAAGCCGUUCUGUGGAUACACAUCCCAGAGAGAGUUAUCAAUUUUAUGAACACUUGGACAAUUUUAUAUCUGCUUCUCUUGUGUUAUGUGGUGUUUUCUUCUUAUGUUUUCGGCUGUCCCCUAGGUAAAAGAAGUGUGCUCUUUCACUGGAAGAUGUAAGACGUUUUUAUGUUCCUUGCUGCUCUUCUCAUUGCCGCUCUAGAAACAGAAAUUUGAACAUGUCUCGAUAAAUUGGUUGUUUAAGCAGCUUCUCGUAGCAAGAUAUAUAUGAAAACUGGCAUGAGAAUCAGAUAUUCACAUGGAAUGUACAACUGUUUGCUGCGGCGAUCAGCUUCUCGUGAGAUUUUUCUAAUAACAGCACAUUUUUUUUUUUUACAAAAAUAGCACCCAGCUCAUAAAAAUUAUAAAAAUAGUAUCAUUUUUAUCAAACCGCAACUUGGAGAUGUGGUCUUCGCCACAUUAGCCAGGGAACCGCACUAGGAAGCUGCGGUUUGAGUUUCCUGGUGAGCGGCCUUCAAGACCGUUGGGUAAGGGGGCGAUCCAACGGCGGACCGCACACCACCUCAACGAUUUGCGCCAUGGAUCGAAGACCGCAACUGGCAGGUGCGGUCACCGCCUCGAGAAACGGAGAAUGCAUCGGGAGGGUGAGGUUUCUUUGAGAACCCAUUCUUCACUCUCUCUAAAAUUAUCUCUCUAUCCACUCCCAAAAGUCUAGGAAAUAGUGGUAUGUUGGUUGCGGCUAAGUUCGAUCUGCUAUCAUAAAACAUUUCUUUGAUUUUCCCCUAAAAACCCGCCGAAUUUCUGUCCGACUUUCGCGAAAAAAUGGACGAGUGAUUCCAAGGAGAGAGAGUUUAUUAUGAUGAAUUUCAAGCGGUACGUACUCAUUAUUCUGGUCAAUUUUUGAUGUGUUUAUAAGCUUUUUAAUUAUUAUAUGUACUAACGAUUGUUGUUAUUCUAUGGUAGGUUGGGGACAACGUGGAUAUAUACAACCAACGCUAUUAUUUGGAUCAAGGACCUAUUGAUCCAACAAACUUGUACGACCAACCCAAACAUCAUUUAAGGGAUGUUUGGAACGAUCACGAGGUACAUACAAUUCUUUAUCAUUUGUCCUUCUUUUAUUUUGCUAAUGUACUUAGUGGAAUAUAAAAUAUAUUUGAAAUAAUUUAAUCGUAUUGGUUGUUUUCAAUAAUUUAAGCGAAUACAUAGCACCACUUACUUCGACUCUUUAUAAAUAGAUGCACGUCUAAGAAAUGAGGUUUUAAGCGAUUAUCAUGAUCCUCCCAUUUCCUGGGAAAAUAGGAUAUUAAACUAACAAAUGGGCGAUGGAGAAGGCAUGGUAAUACUUACUCCUAAUCUUAUCCAGUUCACAUCUUGUGUGUUCAAAUUGUUGAAUCUAAACUAACAAAUGUUCGUUAUUGUUUGCAUAGGUCAACACCCGGAGUACUAGGGAAAGCGACCAGCCAAUGAUACCCCAAGAAACACAGCUCCUGCAACUCGGAGAACUCGUGUUGGCCAUUGCUCCAAAUGUGGCUCGGUUGAUCAUAACGUCAGAACCUGUCCUCUAAAUCGAGGGGUUGGAAUCCAAGUAAGCUAUCUAUAUGAAUGAUUAAUUAUGUAUGCUAUGAUUUCGGUUUAACAUGCUAAAGUAUAUGGAAUGGUUGCAUAGGAUGUUAGACUCAAUGUUAGCGACCGAAUAACGAUUCAACGCGAGUUACGAAUUGCCACAACCGGAAUAGGAGUAUAUGUUAACGAGACUACCGGUAACCAAUACGUUAGAGUGAGUACCUGCUUUCACAAUAAUGAAUAGAACAUGUUAUUGUUGUAUGCACAAAAGCUGAUUUUAACAUGACAUGGUUUCAGCUCAAUGGCGCGCAAGGACGACCAGUUCGAGGCUCUCAACCCACUGAGAUCGAUAUGCAUGGUAGCCAGCCCCCCAACACUCAACCUUAGACGGAUAAAGGCGUUAUUUUUUG